CGAGGGCAUUCAUUGCAGGCACAGGGCGUUCCCUAGAGCCCACACCAGUUUGGGAAUUAUUGAUUCAUUUCGUUUGCAAGAAAUGUCUUGGCUGUUCGGUUCAGGCAACAGGAAGACGCCCACGGGGCAAUCUGAUAUUAGAGCAGCAAGAGAUCGACAGAUCAGCAACUUGAAGGAGCGGGUGCCCGGACUACUGCUCAAGUCCACCGACAAUUCUCUCAACGAGGUCCAGAUAACAGCUCCAGAUGGAGCAAAGGUCGUCUUACGAGUUUUUCUUCCGACGAAGUUCCCUUCGGAUCGACCCGUGCUGCAGCUUUUGUCCCCGGUGACGCACCCGUGGGUCAAUACGUACAUGCAGGUUGUGGGACAUCCCGAUCUACACGGAUGGGAUGGUACCAAUCCACCCCUAAUAGGAGACAUCGUUGCAGCAGUCAUCCAAGAGUUCGGUCGUUCCAAUGGAGGCGUGACAACGUCUGGGCGUGUUCAAGCCUCCACAGUAUGGGGAGGGCCGAUCGCUCAAGAACCUUCAGGAACUCCACCAGCCGUGGGAGCAUUCGGUUUGGGCAACCCGCCUGUUAGCUAUCCUGCCGGCCGCGCAACAGGAGGUGCGGCAAGUGCCAAGGGAAAAGCACACAUGACUAGCACGGACCCAAGGACAGGGGGCGAAGUGCAGACCAGGAGAAUGAGACCACCUGUGCACCACACGCCAAUCCCUGAUAUUCCCGACACGUUUGGCGAGCUGCAAGGUUUGUCCACCGAGAAACUCAACCGUCUUCUUGGCGAUGAAAGUGCUCGCCAGGCGCUGCUUCUCGGAAUGACGAACGUCGUGCGGAUGAAGGAUCUAAGGACUGACGUGCGCAAGGGCAAUGUUGAGACAGCUCGAUUAACUUUAGCAAAGCAAGACGCGGCUAGUGUCCUCAGGGAAGAAGGCGAGAAGAUAAAGGCAGAGCUGAAGGCCUUGCAAACAUCCUACGAAGAUAAGGCCCACGGAGGCGGUAAAAACAUGGGCGGCACAGCUGACCAAAUGAUUCUGAAGCGAGUCAAGCAUGCUUCCAAAAUGGCCGACACCAGCUCCGAGCAAGUGGCCACGGACUUCUUGGAGAAACGUGUCCCGACUCAAGACUUCCUCGACGAGUUUUUGAAGGAGCGACAGCGGUAUCAUAUGCUCGCUGCCAAGAUUGAGUGCAUGAAAAGAGACAUUCGCUUUUAGAUGAUUCGUCUGGGGGUAUCCGUUAGUGUGCACAGAGUACUCUACUGUCGUGUGUGGUUCCAGUGUUGAUUGUUUUGCGAGCCUGAAAUGGGUAGCAUUCGUCUGUAUAUAUUCUUUGAAACCGUGGUUCCAGAGGCGUGUGCUGCAACAGAGGGUGGGUGUAGUGUUUACACAUUGAUAGUAGAUCUUUAGGACUAACGCGUUCUGAUUGGUCGGGCGUUGUUCGGCGUUGGUUCUGGUGGCCGAUUCAUCUCCAGCGCCCUCUCCCCGUUCCGCAUUCCGAGCACGCGGCGCAGCCGCGUGAUGCCGCCCAGUUCGCGGCCGCUAGGCCGUGCUUUGGCCGUGGGUGAGGGUGAGGGUGAGGGUGAGGGUGAGGGUUAGGGUAGAUGUGGGGUGAGCAACCUAGCCUUGCUCGCG